ACUUUAGCUAAAUUGAGUGUAAAUCAGAAAAUAUUCAGCCCUGAUACGACAUGGCUGCUGCAGAGAUACGCGAUGAAGUUGACAAUCCACAUAAACUUUACAAGAGGAAACCUGGCAAAAGGGUGUUUGUCAACCGCAGCCUGAUGCUGGAUCGGGUGAAAUUCUAUGGCUUUGACAUGGACUAUACUUUAGCUGUCUACAAGUCUCCAGCGUAUGAAUCCCUUGGGUUUGAUCUCCUCAAAAAGAGACUAGUAGAUAUCGGAUAUCCGGAAGCCAUCCAGGACUUUGAAUAUGAUCCAACCUUUCCUAUCAGGGGCCUGUGGUACGACACACAGUAUGGAAAUAUGCUCAAGGUUGAUUAUUUUGGAAACAUCCUGGUCUGUGUCCAUGGCUUCCAGUUCCUCAAAGCACAUGACAUGCAUUCAGUCUAUCCCAACAUGUUUGUACAGAGAGAGGAGAACAACUCCAGAUAUCGGAUUUUCAACACGCUGUUUGAGUUACCAAUUAUUUACAUCCUGUCCUGCUUAGUAGACUUCUUUAGUAACCAUAGCGACUACACCAGGUAUGACAAAGGUGUGAAAAGUGGUGACCUCACAAUGACCUAUGUGUCCAUGUAUCAAGAUGUCUUGGCUGCAACUGACCAUGUUCAUCAGAAAGGGGGUCCAUUAAAAAGUGAGACAGUCAAAGAUUUGGAGCGUUACGUUAUUAAAGACGACCGCCUGCCUGUUUUACUGGACAGAAUGAGAGCUCACGGAUCUAAGGUUUUCCUCGCUACCAACAGUGACUUUGUGUAUACUAACGAGACAGGAGCUUUGAAGAUUGGUUCACACACAGGUCCAAUACAGUCUGGCCAGAUAUACUCAGGAGGAUCUGUGGAUGUGUUCUCUGAAAUGAUGGGUGUGUAUGAAAAAGAUGUCUUGUAUGUCGGUGAUCAUAUCUUUGGUGAUAUCCUCAAAUCAAAGAAGGACAGGGGCUGGAGGACAUUUCUUGUUGUCCCUGAGCUUUCCCAUGAACUCUCGGUGUGGACAGACAAACGCAAUCUCUUCUCCAAACUUGAGGAUCUGGAAAGCAUGAUCGGGAAUCUCUUCAAGAACCUGGACAGUAGCUGUGAUGUUAAACCUAACUUGAAGGAUAUUCAACACACCAUCAGGAAUGUAUCCCAUGAGAUGGACAUGACAUAUGGCAUGCUGGGAAGUCUGUUUCGGAGUGGUUCGCGACAGACUUUCUUCGCCAGCCAGGUGAUGAGAUAUGCUGACCUAUAUGCAGCUACUUUCCUUAACCUGUUACACUACCCAUUUUCGUAUGCUUUUCGAGCCCCUCCAAUGUUGAUGCCACAUGAGUCAACAGUGGGCCACGAAGCUUAUUCCAAUGAUGACACAGAUGUUGACCGCAUGGCACCAAGAUCUCGUCAAGUUGCAGACUCAGACCUAGUUGCUCGUCGGGGUCGUUUGGAACGUGCUGAUAGCAUUGUGCCACAUCUUUACGCAUCAACUCCACGACAGUGCACACAAAUCCAGGAGGACGAGGACAGUAGCGACAGUGCGGAGGAAAACAAGUAGAUCUGGACAAGAGUUUUCACCUGAUAUUUCAGAAAUCUUAAGAAAAGAAAAUUUUCAUUCCUCAUAAAAUAAACACUGCUGGGACUAUAUUUGAUGCUGUUUUUGGUAACUGCAUGGUUCAAGAUUGGCUCUGAUCAAAAUUUAGUAAAUGCAGUAAGAAUGAUGUUUGAUGAACCAUGAAUUAUGAUGUUCUUCCAUUUAACCAUAUCAUUCCAUAUUUAAGUGAUUGAUAAAAAAAGUCUGUUAAAUGAUGUUGGUGGUAAAUGCAUUGUUGUCUGGUAAUCAUGCUCCCCCCAAGGGAGAGCACAUAGUCGUUGCUUUGUCCGUCCGUGCAGAAGUGCCAUGUACUAGAACUCUCUUUUGCAUAAUUGAGGGGUUAUUGCCCUUUGUUAUCUUUUCAUACUUCAAUGUUGUCCAGAGUAUCACACUAAAACUAAAGAGGUAUCAACAUGAAACUUUUAGCAUUUAUUCUGAGACCAUCAAUCAGGUCUACUGAUUCUCUUGUUUUUUUAUUUGUUAAGAAGCUUUGUCCUGAAUAACCUAUAUUGAAAAAUGAUUAUUAGAAUUACCUGUGAUAACUACCUACAACUGGUCCUUUGAUACCAAAGAUAGCAUAUGUCCUGUAAUUUGUAAAUUAUCUUAUUUGUUCCUGUAGACAAACAUUUUUUAGAUCAAGUUAGUGUGUGAUGUUUACUUUUUUAUAUUCCUUUAUCUUUUUUUCUAGUGUUGAACAAUUUGUAAAUAUGUUUUUUAACUUCAUUGAUUCUAUAUUGUUAGAGUAUGUUUGUAGAUACACCUUAUAUAUAUCAACAUUUUAAUCUGUUUUUGGAGACUCAUGUUGACUAUGUGACUUGUUUUUUUAAUCCCACAUAUCUUUUAUC